AUGCAGACGGCGCUCUGUAAGUGGAGGCGCGGCGAGGCAGGGCUCGGACGGCGUGCUGUGGAUGCAUCGGACACGUGUUGCUUCUUUCCAGUUUUGUUGCAUUUCUUUGUCAAUAUCUGCGGCUUGUUGUGGUGUUUUGGAGGCAGUGGUGGUGUAGCGGUCGCCUGGGGGGGUCGCUUCGUGGGCUCCGCGGGUUUGAAUGGUGAUCAAAGGAACAAAGAUAUCUGCGGCUUGUUGUGGUGUUUUGGAGGCAGCAGUGGUGUAGCGGUCGCCUGGGGGGGGUCGCUUCGUAAUCAGUUUGUGUUCCAGAUGUUAUCUUCGUCCACGGGAGCGACCAAAGUGGAUCAUCUCCGGUCGAUUCUGUUCAGACUCGGUCCAGAGCGACAGGAGAAAGACAAAAGGCGGCAGAUCGGAUGUCAACCCGGCUACAUUGACCCCUGUCUCUAA